UCAGCCGAGUGAGCAACAUCCGAGAGACAGUAGACAGACCCAAGAGCGCAGCCACAAGAAGCCUGAAGAAGACAAGUUCCCCGAGUGUGUCUCUCUUUUCCGAGCUUCCGAGCAUCUCGCCAUUCGUUUCGUGUUCGCUCUUCGGUUUUUGUUGCCGCGAUCAGCCUGACGAGAGCGCCCGAUCGCGAUCGUUGACUCACAGUGCACGAUCGCGCACUGGUAGUAGAUCGCGCCUUGGUUGCACGCAGCACGCCCGUCACCCAAACUCGGCACACCGCUGACCAGAGUUCAUUCGCUACGGUUACUGAACGGACGCACCUCGGCCUCGGUCUCCGUCUCCGGGCGUUAUCGCGUGUUCACAGUUCGCCAUUCACACCAUUCACCGCACCUAUACUCAGUUCUAAGAUGGAGAUCCUCGACCCAACCGGUUACUACUAGCGAUGCGUGCGUGCCCGUGAACUCCGCUAAAGUGAUAAAGCGCCGUGACGAGUGAUAAACACAGCGCCACAACGAACUGUCGCCGAAAGUGAACGAUUAAGGUUUCUUCGAGUGUCUGCGAGUUGUCUUCGAGUUUUGUGUUACGCAUUCGCAUCAUCCCAUCGUCAAAAUGGCCUUCAAGCUAGAUCCCACUGGACACUACUAGGGAACGGAGCGGAGCCUCUAGCUGCCUUCGAUCUUCGAUUGCAACACCGCGUGCAGACGUGUCUAAUUUUGUUGGUCCCAAUCGUCGGGGUUCUCUAGGAAAGGAGGAAGGAAGUUCAAAGAAAAACUCUGCAAAGAUGGCACGCAAGCUGGAUCCGACCGGUCACUACUGACGGUGCUGACGACCCCUCGAUCUGCGGGAGCAACGAUCGCCUUCAGAAUCGUGUAGCACUCACACGAAUCUUCCCAGCUGGAACGCGAACGCGAAACUCUUCAACUACAACCGUCUACCGUCGCUCGCAUCGUUCUCCACCACUAGCACCACCUUCUUCAUCAUCAUCAUCAUCAUCAUCAUGGCGCUAGAAAUUUUGGAUCCCACUGGCUACUACUAGCGGUCUGGAAGGAAGGAAGGAAGGAAGGAAGGUAGAAAGGAAGUGAUCCCAGUUUGCGCCGCAAGUGUGAACAGCUGAUUCAUCGGAAGCCGGAAGCCGGAAGGUCCGCGACAAGACACCGCAAUGGAACGCAAACUCGAUCCCACCGGUAUGUACCGGCGUCCUGGUCAUUCCUCGGACUACCAGCGCUCCCAGUACCACCAUCAACAACAGUUCCAAAACCACCAACGAAUGCCGCAGCACCACCACCACCACCACCAGCAGCAGCAGCAGCAACAAGUGAAGUGCCAUUAUCUGGACCCGACCGGGCUCUACUGAGGGCGGGUUACCGCGGUUACACCUCGAACACAGCAGCGCAAUGUGAUACUUUCUACUGACCAGAAUCCAGAGAUACUACCCUACCUUCGCACCUUUCCCUCUUUCCCUGUCACCCUUUGGUUUGCAUCAUCUGUACCAUGGACCCCGAUUGCCACCAUGGCCACCAUACUGUCCUGCCUGGCGACUCUCUCUGUAUCCCGGUCUUUGGCUAACUUCCUUGGAGGCCUUGGUGGCGCUGCCAUCUGCCGGCAGGAUGGUCACCGAUGGACGGAGCGUCCCGAAUCGGGUAAGCAGAGUGUGGAAACGGGGCCGCGAGGAAACGUCCAGCGGACGGCGACGAAGAAAAUUCCCAGCACCCGUAACACGGCAGCAGCGCUGGCAUCGGUUAGGAGGAGCAGGAACCUUUAUGCGAUCUUCUUUUUUUUUUUUUUUUGCUUCGGUAGUGUUGUCGGUGGUCGUAAAUCAUCCUUUUCCUAAUCAUUAUCAUUAUUAUCAUUAUUAUUAUUUGCUUUUUUAACUUAAACUCUUCAACAAGUUCGCUCUACUCGAGUUUCUAGUGCCUUAAUUGUAUUUUAACAAUGUCGCGUUCUCUCACUGCGCACUAUCACUGCUACAACAAUUUACUAUGAAAUGUCAUGAUUACUAUGAUUUUUUUCGGUAAAGUUACUGUAACGGCUGCGCUAGUAUUUAAACGUGCCCGUGGGUACUUAGUAAGGUGUCAAUCUUCUCACUGCCCCACCAAACACCACCUCCACGCCCCCCAAAAACUAGCCACCCAGGCCGGAGCGAAUCGCAUUGAUCCUAUCAUCAAUUUUCACGGAAACUCUUUGGUCGCUCGCAGGCCUUUUAUUUAACUAUCUUUUAGCGGAACGGAACAUCCCCGGAUCAUGCUGUCUGUCCGGGGUUCGGUGGGAGAGGACGAGCUGAGGUUUUUUUUUUAUUAUUAUUAUCAUUUUCUUGUUUAAAGAUCUUUGAGUACGAAUAACAAUGAUCGGGCAAACGAUACUGCACUACUGCCUACCCAUUAUCACUGCCACCAGUGGUUGCAGCAAAAUCAGCCUCCAAACUGCCAAUAAUGUGUCCCUUUUCCAAAGCGAACCUCCUUUGCAAGCAACGAUCGCAUGGGGGGAGGGGGUGCGCCGGGUGAUGCGAUGCGUUCGAUGUUCUUUUGCGCGCCUCGCAAGCGUACACACCCGGCCAGCGAUGCUGUCGAGUUGUUUGCGCUUGGAAAAGGGACUUAACUUUUCACUUGUUUGUGAAGUUUAGUGUAGCGUUUUUCUUCCCGGCCGGCCGGGCCGCGGUUUUCGAUCUAAAAACAAAGCAAAAAAAAAGAAACUCAAGCAACUAAACAGACGUUCCGUUCCGAGGGGCACCUCUCGGGGUGCAUCUAGGGCAUCGGGGUUUAGGAACCCCUUUUUCGGUCAGGAUUUGGAUCAGCACACAAUCUCCGUCUCCGGUAGGGGCGGUCAAGGAAGGAAAACGAAACGAUGAUUAUUAUCAUUAAUAUUUUAUUAUAUAUUAUUAUAUUAUUAUGAGUACUUGUUGAACAUAUUAUUGAUGAAAAUCAUAUUAAAACAUCUAUUUAAAAAAAAACCCAA